ACUGUGUGUUUGACUGUGUGUUUUGGGGGGUUUCGAUUUUAGAAGCAAAUUAGGGAAAAAAACCCCACCCCCAAUUGAGAAAUGCAAGUCCAAGAUCGGAUUUUUCCGCCGUCCGAUGGCUCGAAACCCCACAAUCACCAAUCCAGAAGCAAACACUUUCCGAUUCACACCAAGAAUCUCGAUUUCUCGGCGUGGGCAUCGGAGAAUCUCUACAAGAUCCUCACGAUUCUCCUCCUCGUCGCCACCGUCGCCGCCCUAUUCUACCUCCGCAACUACUCCUCCGCCGGCGGCGACGCGACGGCGCUGCUCUGCCUCCAGUCCACCCAGUCCCGCUUAAUCCACCCCAAAUUCCCCCGAAUCAAUUGGAAUUCAAUCGACCGCAUUGCCGAUAAAUCAACCCCAUUCUCCACCUUCCGAUCGGAGAAAUGGAUCGUCGUUUCUGUUUCCGAUUACCCAUCCGAUUCCCUCACGAAAUUGACCAAAAUCAAAGGGUGGCAAUUGCUCGCGAUUGGGAAUUCCAGAACCCCAAAAGACUGGAAAUUGAAAGGUGUCAUUUAUUUGUCAUUGGACAUGCAAGCUCAAUUAGGGUUCCGAGUGGUCGAUUUCUUGCCGUACGAUUCCCACAUACGGAAAAACGUCGGGUAUUUGUUCGCAAUACAGCACGGUGCUCAGAAGAUCUACGAUGCGGAUGAUCGGGGCAAUGUGAUAGACAACGAUAUAGGUAAGCAUUUCGAUGUUGAGCUUGUCGGCGAGAGUGCUAGACAAGAAGUUAUCUUGCAAUACAGUCACGAAAAUCCCAACCGGACCAUAGUGAACCCUUACGUACAUUUCGGACAAAGGUCCGUUUGGCCGAGAGGGCUACCGUUGGAGAAAGUCGGGGAAAUCUCACACGAGGAGUUCUACACCGAGAUUUUCGGCGGGAAACAGUUCAUACAGCAAGGGAUUUCCAACGGAUUGCCCGAUGUGGAUUCGGUUUUUUACUUCACGAGAAAAGCUAAUUUGGAAGCGUUUGAUAUUCGGUUCGAUGAAAAAGCACCUAAAGUGGCUCUACCUCAAGGAACGAUGGUGCCGCUCAAUUCUUUCAACACGCUUUUCCACACAGCUGCGUUUUGGGGUUUGAUGCUUCCGGUUUCUGUUAGUACGAUGGCUUCUGAUGUGUUGAGAGGCUAUUGGGCGCAGAGGAUUUUGUGGGAAGUCGGGGGUUACGUUGUGGUGUACCCACCCACAGUGGAUCGGUACGACAGAAUCGAAGGGUACCCUUUUUCCGAGGAGAAAGAUCUCCACGUGAACGUGGGCCGUUUGAUCGAUUUCUUGGUGGGGUGGAGAUCGAACGAGCAUAGAUUGUUCGAGAAGAUUUUGGAGCUGAGUUACGUAAUGGCCGAGGAAGGGUUUUGGACGGAAAAAGACGUGAGAUUUACCGCAGCUUGGCUUCAAGAUUUGCUGGCGGUUGGUUAUCAACAGCCUCGUUUGAUGGCUCUUGAAUUGGAUCGGCCGAGGGGUACUAUCGGGCACGGGGAUCGAAAGGAGUUUGUGCCUCGGAAGUUGCCCUCGGUGCAUCUUGGAGUUAAUGAAAUUGGGACUGUGAAUUACGAAAUCGGGAAUUUGAUUACGUGGAGGAAGAGUUUUGGGAAUGUCGUACUUGUGAUGUUUGUUAGUGGGCCGGUCGAGCGUACUGCGUUGGAGUGGAGGUUGCUUUACGGGAGGAUAUUUAAGACGGUUAUUAUAUUGUCGAGGGAGAAGAAUGUCGAUCUUGUUGUGGAAGAAGGCCAGCUGGACUACGUGUACAAGUAUUUACCGAAAUUAUUCGAUAGAUACACGAGCGCAGACGGGUUUAUAUUUCUUCAGGACGACACUGUUCUCAACUACUGGAACUUGCUCCAAGCAGACAAGUCUAAGCUUUGGGUCACAAACAAGGUAUCAAAGUCUUGGACUACUGUCUCGAUUUCCGGAAAAUCCGAUUGGUUCGCGAAGCAAGCAGAAUCGGUGAACAAAGUGGUAGCCACAAUGCCGGCGCAUUUACAAGUCAACUAUAAAGAAAGCGUAAAAGACGAGCAAAUUCUCACAAUAUGCAAUUCGGAAGUAUUUUACAUUCCUCGAAAAUUUGUGUCCGAUUUCGUCGAUCUCGUCAGCCUAGUGGGCGAGAUGGAUAUUCAUCACAAAGUUGCGGUGCCGAUGUUUUUUCUGGCAAUGGACAACCCCCGAAAUUUCGACUCGGUUUUUAAUUCGAUGAGAUAUAAGCAGAAGCUGCAAACUAAUUCGACAUCGUUUUAUUCUCCGGAAGCUUCCGCAGUUCAUCCGUGGAACGUUUCGAGCGAGCAAGAUUUUAUUAAAUUGGUGAGAAUUAUGGCGGCAGGUGAUCCACUGUUAAUGGAGCUUGUUUGAUUCGAAAAAAAAAAAAAGAACUUUAUAUAAUGGAAUUAGAUAACAUGUAUACAGAUUAUUGACAGUUUUUAUAUACUGCAGAACUUUUUUUUUUUAAUUCUUUAAGGCAAAAUUUAUUUGUAGAUUUUUUUUUAUUUUUUUUUUUAAUUUUUGUAAUUUUUUAAUUUUUUUUUUAUUUGGGAAAAACUUUUAUUGAUUUGUAGAUUUCGCACAGAAACAGAAUAUUGAGAAGUAUUCUUUGUUUCUGUACAUUUUUUGCUCCUUUGGAAUAUGGAAAAUUUUCAUUGAUAA